UCUUUUCUCCUUUUGCUCCUUUUAUUUAUUUAGUCAGGCCUGUGUCCUGCUGCAGAAGUGAUCAGAAACUCUUAGAGCCCAUAUGAGACCUCAGGGCCCAGGGCCGGGAGGAUGUGCUUCAGGUUGAACUGUGAUUGCUCAAAACCUUUUACCUUGGAACUUUAAGGUGGGAUGAGACUGGAUGAAAGUAGGAUUUGUUGUACCUGAGCCUUUUUGCUUGGUGAGACAUUAACUCCACAGAUCUGUGCCUUUUUGGGCCAUUGUUGUUGUUGAUUCUUGGAUGAGCCGUUGAUCUUGUACCACUUGCUGAUUGGCUGGGGCUGUGUUGGUGUUGGUGAAUGGCGCGGCGCAGUUCAGGUGGACGCGGGCAUGGAGGCAGCUGGCUCACAGCCUGUUUUUUUCCAUCAUCCUCAGGAAGAGAACAUGGAGAAGCCCUGGGUGCAGAGGAGUGUAUGUGUGUGUAUGUGGUGACGGCAGACUACCAGCGUCAGGAAAAUACAGAAAUCAGCCUAAAAGCAGGAGAGAGAGUAGAGGUGAUUGAAAAGAGUGAGACCGGGUGGUGGUUUGUAAGAACAGCUGAAGAACAAGGCUGGGUUCCAGCUACAUACCUUGUCUCUCUCACAGGACACCGAGACCGCCACAAAGCACCAAAUGGAGAGACAGAGAGGUAUAUCACGGUUCAGUCCUUCAGCAGCUCAAGUCAGGAUGAGCUGGGAUUUGAGAGUGGCGUCAUUGUUGAGGUCAUCCAGAGGAAUCUGGAGGGCUGGUGGUUCAUACGUUAUGGUGGAAAGGAGGGAUGGGCUCCAGCUGCCUACCUGAGGAAAAUGCAAGAUGGUGUCAUAGCUGAUAACCAGGCAACUGAGACCAAUAAGCCAGCUGUGCAGGGUCAGGUGGAAAUCAUCGGAAACCUUAUGGAUAUCAGCAACCUCCUGAACAAGAAACCUGCCAACGAACGACACUCACACACACAAACUGACACCAGUGCACACCGUAACAGCAACACAAACACAUACAUGCACUCACAGACUGACACAUAUACACAGUACAAUGGCAAUGCGGAGCAGACCGAUGCUUACGGUAACAAUACACACACCGAUAGAAACAGCAGCAGCAGCAGUAUUAGCACAGCAGCUAAUACAAGCAGUAGUGGUUUAGAGAGAGUCUCUGAUAAUCCGGUCAGCCAGCACACAGACAUCAGUGUGCGUCUCUCAGUCUCAGACAGCAGUGUGUCUGUGUCAGUGUCGGAUGCUUGUGGAACUGCGUCUGUUUCUGAAGCAAGUGUAUCUUCAACAUUAUCCGCAAUAAAGACCAAAACCGUCCCUACAUCUCCUGCCAUUGCUCGAGUCGCACCUCAGAGAUUCCACAGUGUUGAGACCAGAUCACCAUCAAACAAUCAAAAACCACCUCCCCGUCGAGAAAACAGCCUGGGAUUUCAGUUACCGCAGCCCCCGGAUCCCCCUACUGUUGAAGCUGAGUAUUACACCAUCGCUGAGUUCAGAUCCUGCUUGACAGAUGGCAUCAGUUUCAGUGGAGGACAGAAAGCUGAGGUCAUUGACAAGAACUCCGGAGGCUGGUGGUAUGUCCAGAUUGGAGAGAAGGAGGGUUGGGCCCCAUGUUCUUACAUCGACAAACGCAAGAAACCCACCUUGAACCGCCAAACCAGUACACUGACCCGGCCAAAGGUCCCACCUCCUGCUCCACCAAUCAAAAAGCAGAACUCGCUUCCAUGUGUUGAGUAUGAGGCUGUGAGUCCAAGGGUGUACGAGGAACCAGAAUAUGAUGUUCCAACAGUGGGCCUUGAAUUCGACCUUGAGAAGGAGUUUCUUCCAGGAGAUGCACCAACUAAAGCCCCUCCUCCUCUGAGUCAGCGUACCGUUUCUUUUACAUUGGGUGAAGGGGAUGAAGAGGAUGAUGAGGGUGUUUAUGCGAACGGUGGCUUCAGAGCUGUACCACAGUGUAAGGACAGUCACUCGGACACAUACUCGUCCUCUGUGGCUCACCGGACAUCUAUGUGGGAUCCACCGGAAUAUGACGCCCCAACAAUCGAGUCCAACAUUGAGACCAAUACAACACUCUACGCACACACAAAGCAAUCUAAACUCAAACAGCAGGCUGACGAGUUGAAAUCCAAACCAUCGGUGCGUCCAAAACCUGCAAACCAAGACUGUAGUUCCAUCAGAAGACCCCAAAACCAAGAGGAACCAGGCCAGAUACAUUUCAGGACCUCCCGCACAUCUGAGGACUCGGAGAACGACUCGGAGAACUUCCAGACGUUCUCUCAUCCGCCUUCCUUUUUGUACCACACUACUGCGGCAUACCAGCGGGAAGAGCCGAGUGAGCUCAGCUUUCCCGCGGGAGUGCAAGUAGAGGUUCUGGAGAAGCAGGAGAGCGGCUGGUGGUUCAUCCGCUGGGGGAACGAAGAGGGUUGGGCGCCCACUUACUACUUACAGGAAACCAAAAGCUCAGAAACAAGUGGUACAGAAGCCAAAACCAUAGAGAUGGUUAAUUCUGAGACAUUUUGGUCUGCGUCUCCCGAGUUGGAAAUAUCAUUGCAGGGAGAUGUUGGAAAUAUGGGUAAAUGCGUAAGUUUGGAGAAGAACGAGCAGCGUGUUAACCAAAGCCUGAAGAGCGGACACCGAUCUAACCACCAGAACUGCCGGGUUGGCGUGAAGCAGCUCGCUGUCAGACCUCAGAAUGUCCUCAAGGACAACACUAAUACACACACAACUUCAGUAGGACAGAGGAACGAUGCACUGCCUAGUCACAGCUACAAUGAUCAAAGCACCUCUUCCUGUGCAGUUAAUACUGAGAGCAUGAGACGUAAAGUACCGAUGUCAAUGGUGAAGCCUAAACCACAUCUGAUCCACAACAACCUUCGCGAGGAGUACGUUUCUGUCGCCGACUAUCACGGUGACGCAGAGAGCAUGAGCUUACCUGCUGGUACGAGGCUGGAGGUCCUGGAGAAAAACCCUAAUGGAUGGUGGUACUGCCGUGUGCUUGACACAACUAAAACACAAAAAGGAUGGGUGCCCUCCAAUUUCCUGGAGAGGAGGAGCUAAUGGGUUGCCAAAAUUAAUUACCAAAUGCCCUUAUGUCCCAUACUCUCUAUUUUGCCCAUGAUUAAAAAAAAAACAUGUUCCCUUUUUAAUUCAUAAGAGACAUGGCUAUCUCUUUUCACAAAAUCAAGGGGAACACUAAGAGAGUCAGUCAAAAGUGAAUUCUCUUGACUGACACCUUGUUUAUAUGCUGUAUACUCCUGCUUGUGCCGGAUGAUGUGAUCUUAUUGUCACUGAACAGAUUUUUAGUUAUUGCUCUUAGCUGUUUUUUUCUUUUCUUUUUUCUAAAUAAAUAUCAGAUUCUGUUUACAGACUAAAUGCACUUUCAAAUAUCUAUCUAUUAGGGGUGUAACGAUACGCGUAUUCGUAUUGAACCGUUCGGUACGACGCUUUCGGUUCGGUACGCGGUACGCAUUAUGUAUACCGAACGGUUCGUUGGAGUAUUUAAUUAUAUUUGAAAAAAAAAAAAAAAAAGAGA